AUGAAUUCAGCCAGUCAGGCGGGUUAUUCUCCUUUGCAAAGCCGGCAGCAGCCGACUGCUUUAAAACAGGAUCUCGACCGGUUAGAAAAGAUGAUGCAAUCCAUGUCCGCAUCUGCGGCAGAAGAUCCUGAGAUGCGCCAGCUGGAUGGCAUGCUGGAAAAGAUCAUCGAUAUACAACAGCCGGACAGGGCAAAGCUAAAAUUGCAUGAACGCUCCAGGGCCAAUAAAGGACGUGUGUACGCCGUAGACAAGCCUGAUGCAACCAAUCCCAUAUCCAUUCUGGAAAGAAAUGAUCUCAGGUCUAUACCUGAGAAAAAGUUCUCCUCGCAUCAAUCGAAUACAGCCGUUGAAAAUCGCUUUUAUGAUUUGACAAAUGAUCAGCCGGACGAUUUUGCGGAGACAGCUAUUCCGGCUGUGGUUCAUCAAACCCAGACCCUGGUUUCCGGCGGCACCAUAAAAAUGAGAUUGACCGAAGAUAUUUAUAUCAAUGGCACACUCAUCCCAAGCGGUCAUUUUCUUUUUGGCAGCGUAACCAUAGCCGGGGAAAGAUUAAAAGUCGAAAUUAAUAGCAUCCGGCAUAACAAUCAGGUCUUUCCCGUAUCCCUGAUGGUGCAUGAUCUGGAUGCAUUGGAAGGAAUUCGCAUUCCGGGGGCCAUUACCAGGGAUGCCGCAAAGGAUGGUUCUGACAGGGCUUUGCAAAAUAUCCAGUUUAUGUCUCUUGAUCCAUCUCUUGCCACUCAGGCAGCUGGCACAGGUGUGGAGAUUGCCAAAGGCUUAUUCAGUAAAAAGGCAAAGCUGAUCCGGGCAACUGUAAAACAAGGUCAUCCGAUACUGCUUGUUGAUACCAAAAAGCAAUAA